AUGUCUGCACAGCAAACUACUUACAACCAUUUACCUAAAACUUUAAAAAACCGUUACAUCAUUCAAAGACACGGUUUCUCUUUGGCUAAUAAUGAUAAACUUAUUUGUUCCAACCCUGAAAUCGCUAUUCCUCCAACUGGUGGCCCUUUAGGUACUGGCUAUGGUUUGCAUGAUAAAGGCAAGACUCAAGUGAGAGAAGUAUAUAUCAACCAGAUGGCCUUUUUUUUUCGGGCAGAUAUCUUUAUCUGA